GCGUGAGCGGGGAACGGGGUUAGCUCGGUACCGAGCCCUACAGCAACAACAAAAAAGGAAAAAAAAACUGUCGUAAAAAAUGUGUAGGAAACAGAAGCAGCCGGGUUUCCACCACCUGGUGCAUAAGCAUCGCGUGGGGCCACUGCUGCCUGCCUCCUCUGACUUGUUUUGCCUGGGGGUAGGGUCAUCAGGGUUGGGAAGCCCUCACAGGUCACCCUGCCACCAACAGCACCCACCGAGCCGUGUCCCCAGGCACCGCGCCCAGCCUCUCCUGAGCACCCCCAGGGACGGGGACUCCACCACCUCCCUGGGCAACCCGUCCCAGUGCCCGACUGCUCUUUCUGAGCAGAAAUGUCUCCUAUUUCCAACCUGAACCUCCCCUGGUGCAGCUUGAGGCCGUUCCCUCUAGUCCUAUUUAUCCACUAGUUAUCUGUGAGAAGAGGCCGACCCCCAGCUCCCCACACCUUUCUUUCAGGGAGCUGUACCUCCUGUACCUCCCACCUCUUGCUCCAUGGUAUUUGUCACCUCAGUGAACGUAUACAGGGCUUUGAACACACAGAGCUACAAUCGUCUUUUUUUGCAAUAUAUUGCUGAGCUCUGUGGUAGUUCAGGACAACAGAUUUACAUAAGUCGUAUGUUUUUCGUGUUUGUUUGUUUUAGUGUUCUGAGAAAGACUCAAUUUUUUAAAACAAACUUUUAGGUUUGGUAGGAGGGUAUGAUAUCAUGAUAUUUGAGGGUCAAAAGUUGGUUUGCCUUAACUUUUAAGGAAUUACGUCUUUAACUGCAAGUCAUCCAUCCUUGAAUGAUUUCUCAAAAACAAGCAAGAAGAAUUCAACAGUGACGUAAUGGCUGUCAGCUUCCCAUGUGGGGCUUUACAUUGAAUACCAGAUGACAGGAAAGACUAGUCCUUCUGCCAUGGAAGCCGAAGAAACGAUGGAAUGUAUCCAGGAAUUCCCAGAGCACUAUAAAGUUAUUUUGGACAGACUGAACGAACAACGUGAGCAGGACCAGUUCACAGACAUCACUCUGAUUGUGGAUGGUCACCAUUUCAAAGCUCAUAAGGCUGUUCUUGCUGCCUGUAGCCAGUUCUUCUACAAAUUCUUCCAAGAUUUCACUCAGGAGCCCUUGGUGGAGAUUGAAGGUGUAAGUAACAUGGCAUUUCGUCACCUAAUAGAAUUCACCUAUACAGCAAAACUAAUGGUGCAAGGUGAGGAAGAAGCAAAUGAUGUUUGGAAAGCAGCUGAGUAUCUACAGAUGCUAGAAGCAAUCAAAGCACUUGAAAUCAGGAACAAAGAAAACUCAUCACCCUUAGAAUCAAAUCAAACCCAAGCUAAAAAUAAACCAAAAAAGUGGAAGAUAGCUGAAACUUCGAAUGUUAUCACAGAAACACUGCCAUCUGCAGAAUCAGAUCCAGUUGAAAUUGAGGUUGAGAUUACUGAAGGGACAAUUGAAAUGGAAGAUGAUAGCGUCGAGACGCUUGAAGAAGUAGCUUCUGCAGAGCAAUCCAUAAAGUACAUACAGACAACGGCUACAACAGAUGAAUCUGCUUUGGCUCUUUUGGCAGAUAUCACCAGCAAGUAUCGUCAGGGAGAGCAAAAAUGCCAGAUCAAAGACGAAGAUGACAGUGCAACUGAUCCCUCAUGCAAACAGGUAGAAGGUAUUGAAAUUGUGGAACUUCAGCUGUCACACGUGAACAAUUUAUUCCACUGUGAGAAAUGUAACCGUUCGUUUAAAUUGUUUUACCAUUUUAAGGAACACAUGAAAACACACUCUACUGAGAGUUACAAGUGUGACAUAUGCAAUAAAAGGUACCUACGAGAGAGUGCUUUGAAACAGCACGUCACCUGUUACCACCUCGAUGAAGGUGGUGCCAGCAAGAAGCAAAGACCUGGCAAAAAAAUACAUAUAUGCCAGUACUGUGAUAAACAAUUUGACCACUUUGGACAUUUUAAAGAGCAUCUCCGGAAGCACACAGGUGAAAAACCCUUCGAAUGUCCAAACUGCCACGAACGUUUUGCUAGGAAUAGCACGCUCAAAUGUCACUUGGCGGCCUGUCAGUCUGGAGCUGGAGCUAAAAAGGGAAGAAAGAAGCUGUAUGAAUGUCAGGUUUGUAACAGCGUGUUUAACAGCUGGGAUCAAUUUAAAGAUCACUUGGUGAUACACACUGGUGAAAAACCCAACCACUGUACCCUGUGUGAUUUGUGGUUUAUGCAAGGCGGUGAGCUGAGAAGGCAUCUCAAAGAGAUGCACAAUAUUUCAGAACUAAUGACAGAAGAGGUUCUUCCAGUGGAAGCUGAACCGGUAACAUCAAUGACUAUAAUAGAACAAGUGGAACAAGUCCAUGUCCUACCAGUAAUUCAGGUCCAAGUGGAUCCUGCACAGGUGACUGUGGAACAGAUGCACCAGGAUCUCAUACAGGAUAAUCAAGUGAAAGGCGCACAGUUGGAUGAACUACAAGAACAGGUGCAAAUUAGUUACUUGGAGGUUGAGCACAUUCAGACUGACCAUGGUGCUGAAGUUCAUGUGGAGCAGUUGCACGUUGAGCAUGUAAAUCAAAUACAGAUGGAAGAAGUACAAGCAGAACUUAUAGAUGGAACAGACCUUGAACAAGUAGAAUACGAAAGUGUUGAUCAAGGAGAAGCAGAAGAAAAAGAACCUAGUCACGUAGAUGAUGCAGAUAAGGGGGAUCAUGAACAAGCUGAAGACUUAAAAGCUCAACAAUUAGUGGACAUGAAGACUGAAAAGGUGGAUGAUUAGGUCAAUUAACCGCGUGCAGGUUUAAGAGUGAAAUACCAAAUUAUUUUUGUUAACUUUUACAUUGUUUUUUGAACUGUCAGUGGUCAUCUUUCCAAUAUGCUGUCCUUGGCAAGCUGGACAAGUGGACCAAAGUUAGCUUUCUUCAUAUACAACUACACUUCUGUCAUAUGUGAAGAAUAACUGUCAUUCAUCUAAUACCAUGGAACAGGAACUACCGCAGAAAUGGACAGCUUUGUGAUGAUUUUAAUAAUGAAUAGCUUGUCUUGCUGUUAUACCAUCCCUGGGUAUAUGUAAGAGUAACUUCACCUCUUUUCCUCUUCAGUAGAAGCAAACUCUUGUUACAGAUUUGCAGGGUGUCUGUGGCAGAAGAGUUAGUAAAAUCUGGUGGGUUCUAGUAUAAGUGACCACUCGGAUACCUGUGAAUUUUCUGGGCAGACUGCCAUCCAAACGCAGUACUGUAUCCAACAGCAGUCCCUGCAUUUCUUUAAUGCGAGAAGCUUUACAUCAAGCUGGAACUUCUGAACAUUCAGUCUGGGGGAAAGCUGUUUUUGCUGGAGGUCUGAGAGCACAAAAAUCCUGUGCCUUUUCAACAGUGACUGGUUAAAUUUCCACAAAGCUUCUAAAGUGUUCAAGAACCUAGUUCAGUAAAAAGGCAAUGUAGGUAAUGUUAUAGUGCUUUAUAUUUUUGCUUAAAAUUGUCAGCUACUGAUUUUUUUGCAUUAAAUUUAGAAUGGGGGGGGUGCUGAGGGAGGAAACAGAUUCCACUUAGUGGCAAUAAGACGCUCUAAAAUGAACAUCUUAAAAUGGAAAAGCUUGAUAGAAUCUGUGGUAAACAUGAGCUGGAAGAAAGCUACCAGCAGAUUCUUCUUUUAUAAAUCUUCAUUUUUGAAAAUGAAUUUGUUUAAACAAGUAUAGAAAAGAGUUGUCUAUAUGGUAUCAGGUUCCUGGUUAUGGGGAUUUUUUUGAAAUGAAAUUCUGACACUUGACACAAAGAUGUUGUGCUAAAAAUAAAAGUAAAAGCCAUAGGUAUGAGUGCUAAGCUGUGGAUUGAAAAGUAGGAGUGUAAACAUUUUAAUCAAUAUUAGACAAUAAAAUAAUACCAACCAUGAAAUGUUGCAUUAUUUGCUUCACCCAGUAAACAAGAAACAAUUUAGUGACUGGCAAUUACAGUGCCAGAUCCCGGUGAUAAGAAUCAAUCCCAUUUUAAUAAGUUUAAUAGCUCAUUACUAUGAAGUUAAGUUUGUUUAGGAAAUAUUGGUCUGGCUCUGUGUUCAGCCAUACUAAGGACUUCUGAUUCCCAGUUAUUGCCUUGUUCCAUACUUCUGAAAAACUUUUUAAAGCCUUAACUGAAUGGAGGAAUUAUUGCAAGGAAGUUCCCUAAUGCACUUAGUAAUCCCGUAGAUCUUAGUUAAAACCAAGUUUUCUAUUCAGUCGUCUCCAAAGGCGGAAUUAUUUCCUCAAGCUUGUGCUUUUCAGUCUCAUUCAAAAUUAUUCAUGUGUUUCAUCGUACUUCUUGAGAAACUGUUGCAAAACAAACACAAAUUUCAAUUAAAAUUUCAAACAAUUUGA